AUGUUCACCUUCAUCUACCUUACCACUCUGGUAGGGAACCUGGGGAUAGUAACUCUGAUCUUCUGGGAUUCCUGCCUCCACACCACCUUGUACUUUGUCCUCAGUAACCUCUCUCUGGUGAAUUUUGGCUACUCCUCAGCUGUUACCCUUAAGGUGAUGGCUGGGUUCCUGACAGGAGACAAAGUCAUCUCCUAUAGUGGAUGUGCAACACAAUUGUUCUUCUUUGGAGUCUUGGUUACUACAGAAAGUUUCCUCUUAGCCUCCAUGGCCUAUGCUCAUCACACAGCUGCAUGUAAGCCUUUACAUUAUACCACUACCAUGACUUCAACAAUAUAUACAUAUCUGGCCAGUGUUGCUUACAUCUGUGACUUUCUGACCUCCUCCAUAGUCAUAGGAAACACUUUUAGCCCUUCCUUCUGCAAGUCUAAUAUAAUCCAUCACUUUUUCUGUGAUAUUACCCCUCUCCUAAUUCUCUUUUGCUCUGAUAUUCACAUCACUGAGUCGCUAGUCUUUAUCAUAGGGUUAUUUGCUGUUUUUUUCCCCUUUCUUGUUAUCUUUACCUCUUACUUGCUAAUCUUCAUCACCAUCCUGAAGAUCCAUUCUACUGAAGGCUGCCAGAAAUCCUCCUCCACCUGUGCUUCCCAUCUCACAGCAGUGUCUAUAUUUUUUGGGACAAUCAUCCUCAUGUACUUCCAACCGAGUUCAAGACAUUUGAUAGACUCAGACACAAUUGUGUCAGUGUUCUAUACCAUAGUCAUCCCCAUGUUGAACCCUCUGGUUCAUGGUCUGAGGAACAAAGAGGUCAAGAAUGCUUUGAUGAAGGCUUAUGACUGCCUGUAUUGA